AUGGUCACAUUUCUUUCUUAUCUAUCUAUCUAUCUAUCUAUCUAUCUAUCUAUCUAUCUAUCUAUCUGGCUGGCUUAUUCUAUUUCCUUCUAUCUGGCUUAUUUUGUUUCUAUUUAUCUAUCUAUAACUGUUUCUAUCUACCUCACAUUUUUCAAUCUAUCUAUCUAUCUAUCUAUCUAUCUAUCUAUCUAUCUAUCUAUCUCACUCUUCCCAUAUCAAUCUAUCUCCACUUGGGAAAGCUGUAAAAAAAAACAAAUCUAUCUAUCUAUCUAUCUAUCUAUCUAUCUAUCUAUCUAUGUCAACAUAUUCCUAUCCCUCUAUAACAGUAAUCAGUUCAACUCGCUGUCUUUCUCUCUAUCUGUAUAUCUAUCCAUCUAUCUAUCAAUCGGUAAAACUCUCUCAUUUAUUCAUAUCUAUCUCUGUCUCUACCCAUAUUUCUCACUCACUCUCUCUCUCUUUCUCUCUCUCUCUCUCUCUCUAUUCAUCUAUCUUAAUCUGCUCAUAACUAUCUGUUUAUCUAUUUAUCUUACUCUGCUCAUAUCUAUCUAUCUAUCUAUCUAUCUAUCUAUCUAUCUAUCUAUCUAUCUAUCUAUUGAUCUGUCUAUUGUUUGUCUCUCUUCAUCUCCCUGCCUUUCUCUCUCACUAUCUAUAUAUCUAUCAAUCUCAUUCUGUUUAUAUCUAUAUUUCUGUUUCUUUAUCUCUCUGUCAUUUACUUUCUUUCUCUCUCUCUCUCUCUCUCUCUCUCUCUCUCUAUCUAUCUAUCUAUCUAUCUAUCUCAAUCAGUUUCUAAAUACAUAUUUCCAACAUAAUUUAGUUUAUUUUCAAAAAUAG